AUGGCAUCGGUAUUUGCCGACUUCAAAGCUGGCCAUACGCAGCAGUCAGGGCCUCUUUUGGCUGCUGCUCUCACACCAGCCGCAACUGCGCAGGAUCCCAACCGCCUCCUGGAUUUCUACUACAUAACCAAUAGCGCAAGCUCCGAAGGUGACCUGCGUCAUCAUCUUCUUUAUGACAGACGCACUGGUGUCAAGCUUAGCAAGCAACAAGGCAACGCUUGGGUUAAUGUUUUCAAUGCUUUUUGGGCCACUAUCGCCGAGCUAGUCAAAGUCCAGCAGGAAGCGCGAGGCAGCUGGCUGAAGGUAUUCGAAGCGUGGAAGGAGUUCACCAAUCAAUUGAUUCGAGGUUAUUCAUCCAACCAUUUUCAGUCUUGGACGAUACCUUGUCUCUAUGUCGCUGGGAAAUACCUACGCUCUUUCGCUAUAAAAGCGGACGCUGCCGAUUCCUCUCAGAAUGCAGCUUCUUUCGGUAAUGGGUUUCAGGACGAUGUGGUUUCAAAUGUAGAGAAAAAUGCCAAUCUAGAAGACGCUGCGAGAACGAUCAAUCGAAUGUUCACACUUUGCUUGAGCGACCGAGCUCCAAUCGAAGAGUCACGGAAAUGGGGCAUAUAUGAGACGACAAACUUGUUAUUCAAGACGUAUUUCAAGCUAAACCAAGUUGGGCUUUCCAAGAGUGUUCUUCGUGCUUUGAAUGCAUCUUCGGCGGACAUGCCAAGACUAGAGCAAUUUCCAAAAUCCCACAUUGUAACGUUCAACUACUAUGUUGGGCUCAUUCAUUUCUUGGAGGAAAAUUAUAAAGAGGCCGAGGAAAAUCUUACACAAGCAUGGUCGCUGUGCAAAGCAGAUGCUUGGAAAAAUAAAGAGUUAAUUCUCACCUAUCUGAUCCCCUGUCAUAUUGUCACCACACAUAGACUACCAAGCCAGCAACUCCUUGCACCCUUUCCUCGCCUGGAACAACUUCUCCGGCCACUUUGCGACUGUAUUAAACAAGGAAACCUAGUUGGCUUCGAUACCGCUAUGUCUGCAGGAGCAGAUGAGUUUGUUAAGCGUCGAAUAUACCUGCCGCUCGAGAGGGGUCGUGACCUAGCUCUUCGAAAUCUGUUUCGCAAGGUUUUUGUUGUAGGAGGAUUUGAACUAAGCAAAGAUGGACAACCUCCUCUCCGACGCACACGUAUACCUUUGACUGAAUUCGCAGCUGCUUUGCGCAUAGGCAACAAAGCUGAUGAAAAGUCCCGUGUUGACAUGGACGAAGUUGAGUGUUUGUUGGCUAAUAUGAUAUAUAAGAACAUGAUGAAGGGCUACAUCUCCCGAGAACGCGCCACAGUUGUACUCAGCAAGUCAGGGGCAUUUCCCGGGACUGGCGUGUAG